UUCUGCUACGUCGGCAAGCCGAGGAGUUUCGGUAAACGUAUGCAGAAAAUGGAGUAACUUAGCGUUAGCUAAACGCGUUGUUGACAUUCUCGUAAAGGGUACAGUAAUUCAACUUUUAAAAAAAUGAGCUGCAUUUUUCCGUGUGCUGACUGGAAGGAUGCCGUUCUCGUCAACGCAUCUCAGCAGCUGUAUUUGAAACCACUUGCUUGUAUCAGUAUUUCGGUCCAGUUGCCAGCCGACAUGCUUAAAACAGCGGGGAAAUCCGUCUCCACUUGGGAAAUAAUGGAUAAAAUCAAAGCGACCGCAAAACCCGAUGAGAUCAUUGGGAUGAAAGUAUUGAAAAGCACGCUGCAAUAUGUGCGAUUUGAAGCUCACCUUGACAGUAAACAUCAGAUAUCAGGGGUUCUUCAACGACUAGAUAGAGGCACCUUGAAAUUGAAUGGCUUCCCUGAACCACUGAAAAUGAGAGCCUGUGAAUCCAAACUUAUCUACCCAUCAAGGCAUGACUGGGACACAUUCUUUCAACAAAGCAAAAACAUGAAUGAACUAAGGCCAGGAGAGCGCCCAGACACUGUUCAUAUAUGUAUGCUUCCAUGUCAGUGGUUUAUGAUCCCACAAUCAAGCGGAUUGGAGGCAAACUCUUCUAAACCAAAGCCAAGUGAAUCAAUGCUCAGGACACUUUUUGAAGUAUUUGGUCCCCUUCGUUCUGUUGACAUUCCCAUGUUGGACCCAUACAGACCAAUGAUGGCUACGAAUCCGCAAAACACCUUUGCUUUUGGACAAGAUGGUCUAUUUGAAGCAUUUAUUCAAUUUCAAGAAUAUGUAGGGUUUCUUAAAUGUAUGACUGCCUUCAGAGGAAUGAAACUUCUCUAUAGGGAAGGUAACAGAGCUUGGACUGCUCUUAUACAGGUGGACUUCGACCGCACGUGCCACCAGAGCGAAAGAUCUCUUAAACUAAGAAGGAUUGCCAGGGAACGGCUUAUUCAGGAAGAAAUUGAUAAAGAAAGAGCAGACAAAGUCCGAAGAGAACUAGACAAUUUGAAGCACGAAGAGAGCAGACGUCAGCAGACAGAAGAACGACUAAAGGGGGAAGAGGAGGCGGCCAGAAAAAUGAAGGCUGAAGAGGAUUCCAGGGUCGUACUUGAAGAGCGCAAGUUGGUGUUAGUCCAAAGAAGGCUGGAGAGCUUACGCCUGUUGGAUGCGGUCUUUGAACGUGUUAAGGCCGUUAUCGAAGAAAAAGACCAUCGUAAAAAAGACCCUUCGAAGAAAAAAGAUAAGACCACUAAGAAGGAUAAGGAAACCAGACGACAAAUGAAACUGCAGGAAAAGGAACGAAAUUUGCGUGCCAAACUACUUAAGAAAUAUCAGCAGGUUGGUCAGGAACAACUUGAAGAACAGAGGGAGAGGGUGCGCCACUUGCUGCAAACGACAGAUAUAAAAUUGAAAAGCACCGUCAAUGUUAUGUCGGAAACGAAAAGUUUGGACAAAGUGUCGACAGCACAAGUUCAAACUAAAGAACAAAGUCCACUUCCGCUUCGCGAACCUGAAAGAACAAAUAAUGGGCAUACCUUCAGACACGACACUAUGGCAAACCGACCCAAACCAGUAGGUUAUCGCUCAAGUCCAGUGGAGCCCAACGAUCGUCGAAAAACUGAUUUUGAUCAUAAUCCGCAUCCAAACCAAAACCAUCGCCAUUCGUCUUUCAACAGGAAACGAUACCAAUCUACAGAAUCGGCUCGAGUGCCUACCCACCAAACUCAAAACAGGGGUGGUUGGAAACGGAAUCGAUUUGAUAACGGCAAGUCCAACUGGGCUUCCCCAUUAGAUCAAGAAUUGUGGGAUGGACCUAACGUAGGAAAUCAGCGACAAAAUUCACGUGGAGGGUAUCGACGAGGUGGUCGUCCAGGAGGAGAACACCGUGUGCGAAGAACGCGUGAUUUACCUCCUACGACAGAAAGACACUUUAUGAAAUCAGAAAACAGAUACGCGACAACGCCAGUCGGUGUCUCGAUGUCCGGUGACAGUACCAUGGAAUCGGCUCUUGUUGAGCGACUUACAUGAAAUGGAAAACGCCUCUGUUUAAUGAAUACCCUGAAUACCCUUUUCGUGUAAUAAAUGGGAAAGUAGGAUUGACCAUCAA